ACUCUAAUUCCACCAUGUCGAUUGUCACUUUGUUUGUAGAUACUUCUGAUGAAAAGGUCAGCUCCGAGCGAAGAUUUGAAAAGAGUUUGACCAUUUCACAGCUCAAGUAUAAACUGGAACCCAUCACGGGUAUUCCUUACUCGACACAAAAAAUUGAUUUAUACCAAGGAAACACACUACAGGGAACAUUGGAUAAUGAAGAGAGUAUGUUGGGUGCUUACCCUGUGGAAGAUUACAUGAGAAUCCAUGUCACAGAUACCAACCCUCAUCGUAUCAAGAAUCAGUACACGGAUGUCUCGCUUGUUGAAAAAUUUGAACUCUCCACUGACGAAUAUGAAAAGCGAUCAGACACCGUGAGAGCGUUCAAGGAGCGUAACAAGUUGGGUCGGUUCUCGGCCGAGGCAGCAGCACAGGAAAAGGCCAUUGAACAAGCUCAUGAGGAAGCCGCGAAACAAAUCAAGGUGGGGGAUCGUUGUGAAGUGUUGGGAGAUGAUUAUACCGCUCAAAGAUUAGGUACCGUGAAAUUCGUGGGCGAGACUGAAUUUCAACCUGGUCCUUGGGUAGGUAUCCAAUACGAUGAACCUUUGGGUAAAAAUGAUGGUAGUGUCAAGGGGAAAAGAUAUUUUGAUUGCCCGCCCAAGUAUGGUGGGUUUGUACGCCCUACAAAAGUCAAUGUUGGUGAUUUCCCAGAAGAAGAUUUGGACUUUUCUGACGAUGACCUAGAGGAGAUGUAAACCUUUUCCCUUAUUUCUUAAUAAAAUCAUGCACUACACUAUACACUACACUACACUACACAGACAUUUCACACUAGCCCAAAAAACUGGCUGCUGCGGUCCAAACACACUAGCCACAGUCACAUACGACGUAGCAUUUUUUUUUUAUAUAUAAAUUCAAAAGAAAAACGCCUAUUUUUAUUCUUUUCACACAAAA